GUGUAAGCUGUUCCGCAAUCUAUGUAGUCCACUUUUUGUAUCCUGUAGAGCGACUUCACCAAGUGUUCCUAACCGUUGUUAGUUAAAUAAAAGAACAACAAAAAAUUGGCCUCAUUUGGCUUAUUUAUCUAUUUCCUGCUCUGAAAAUCAACUAAACCGCAGCUCUCUUCUGUCCCAUUACUUGCAUCUUUUUCCACUUGACAGAAACCAACCGUAGCCACCAACUGUUGUUGCUGUCUCGAAGGCCAUGGCGGACCAACUGACGAAGGUCUGCCGUAGCUUACCGUCGGAGAUCAUACGCGAGAUUCUUUCGCGAUUGCCGGUCAAGUCUUUAUGCCGCUUCAGGUGUGUAUCAAAGUCUUGGCUUACGCUAAUCAUGUAAGAUGCAUUUCAACAAAGCCAUUGAGAAUGAGGAUCUGUUUUACCAAAGAAGAGAACUGUUAUUCACUGAUGAAAAAGGUGAUUCACUUUACUCUUUCGACCUCGAUGAGUUUCUUAAUCAUUAUCAUGAUCAUCCAUUUCUGAAUGGUCUUGGUAACUGUAACAAUGUUAAUGUUGGUGUCAUUGGUGAUGAUUAUGAUGGUGAUCUAGUUGUCACUAGACUCAAACUGCCCAGUUGUGUUGGGGUCGCUACAUAUCCCAGUGAGACCUUGGUGUCUUUCUGCUGUGGCCUAGUGUUAUUUAGGUUGGGUUCCGAGUUAUAUGUGGCUAACCCAGCAAUAAGGAAAUAUAAGAAACUGCCAGCUCCAACUGCAGAGUUGGGUCUUGGACCCUUCAUCUGUUACCAAUUUGGGUUCGGUUUUGAUCACACAACUGAUGAUUUCAAGGUGAUUAAAUCGACGUCCUGGUAUAAUGGAGUGGAUUUUAUUGUCUAUGCAUUCAAAACUGGUUCUUGGCGACAAAUUCAAAGGCGAUUGCCCUACAUAAAUUUUAGUCCUCGUACUGGGAUAAUGCUUAAUGGAAGACUUCAUUGUAUGAUGUGGAGCCUGAAAGGUUACUCAUGGGUGAUUGUAUCUCUCUCUUUAGCAGAAGAGGAGGUUCAGGAAAUUCCACUGCCGCUUGAUUUAGAUGUGGGAAGCUUGGAUGACAUGGAAUUGGGACUGUUCUUCAAAGACAGCCUCUGUAUAAUUUAUCCAGUUAGCACUGAAAGGGUAGGUGAAGAUAGAGCAACAAGUAAAAAUGAUUUUUGGGUUAUGAAGGAAUAUGGGGAGGCAGAGUCUUGGACUAAAAGAGAAUUCUUCUCUGACUAUGAACCUUCUUUAUUGCCUUCCCGUUACUGGAAGGAAAAUCAUGUUCUCUUCCGGUCCGGUACCAGUGCUGCGUUGGGAAUGUACAAUUUCAAUGAUUUUAGCUGUCAAGGUCUAUCCAUUCCUGGAUAUCCUAAAGUUAGGGGGGCUGGUUUCUACUUGGAGAGCCUUGUUUCACUGGAUGAUCAUCGCGAUUUUAAUGAGCAUAUCCAGCAUGAGAGGAAUCUUAGCUGAAUACUGGAUGAGAUACACUCUUGUUGUCUUCCAGAUGCUGACUUUUGUGGUGCACGAUCGUAGAUUAUGGUUGGUUUCUCUUCCAGGAAUGUUUCAGUUGCUGUAGAAGAAUAAUGAACAUGAAAUUGAGAGAUUUGAAUGAAUCUUAUCUCAUGUCUCAUUAAUUGCGGGGGCGAAUUCAGAUGUACUCUAAUACACAGAAUGGGAUAGCUGUGUUCAAUCUGAUUCCCCUU